AUGAGCAAGAGGUUAUCAAGCGUGGGCUUGGCCGCAGUCGGAAGUCGGACAUUUCAGCCGUCGCAGCGUACUCUGCUGCGCUUCAACUCCACGUCUAGCCCGCCCAACUCCCCGUCAACCUCAGGCAAGCCCUCCACGUCCUCAUCCCAAUCAGACUUCUUCGAACGCCAUCCUCGCCGAAGUGGUCCGCCAUCACGCCACAGUCUCUUCUAUCGCGAGAUUUACCCGCCUUUCCUGCGCUGCAUCGCCUACGGGUCAGGUGCGUACUUUGCGCUCCACUUGCUCUGGACCUACCUUGAUGGGGAGGAACAGAAGGUCGUCGAGGAGCAACAGAGGGGAGAGAUGGAGGACAAGAUCAAGGAGCUCAGACAGAAGGCGCAGGGAGCUCUCGCUGGGGUGACGGAAGGUGCGGAGAAUGGGAAGAAAGAGGGUAGGAGCUGGUGGAAGGUCUGGUCCAGAUAG